CGACGGGGCGUCUCCCCCGCCUUUUCCCGCCGGCGCCGGUUGGGGCGAAGGUCACGUGAGCGGGAGCGGAAGAUGGCGUCUCCCCCGCACGGCCCCGACCCGGAGACGUCUCUGCUCAGCUUCGAGAAGCUGGACCGCGCCUCGCCGGACCUGUGGCCGGAGCAGCUUCCCGGGGUGGCCGAAUUUGCGGCUUCCUUCAAAAGCCCCAUCACCACAUCCCCGCCAAAGUGGAUGGCCGAACUGGAGCACGACGACAUCGAUAUGUUGAAAGAGCUGGGCAGCCUGACGACGGCUAACCUGAUGGAAAAGGUCCGAGGCCUGCAGAACCUGGCUUACCAACUGGGCCUGGAUGAGUCCCGAGAGAUGACUCGGGGAAAAUUCCUCAACAUCCUGGAGAAGCCAAAGAAGUAGCCGAGCGUCCCGCGGGCACGAGAGAAGUUCCGAUCGUCGGUGUUUUCGCCCGUCGAUGCCCAUCCGCCCACACCCGACUGCUUUCUCCGGAAGGGAGAGAGCUUCCAGGAGAGAACCUCCCCGGGCUUCCGCGCCUAGGACGUUCAACGGAAGGACGGGAUUGGCUUCGCCCGAGCGUCGCUUCCGUUCCGUCCGCUUUCCAGCUCCGACCCCCGGCCGCCGUCUCUCUGGGGACCCGUCACCCCACCGUCCGGGGGAUGAAGACCUGCCGCUCUCUCUCCGGAGGUGACCCGGAGUCGAUGGGGGAACCUCACCCUCCCCUCGUCUCCCCGGGAUCCCGACCGGUCCGGCUCCCGUGCGCCGUCUCGGCGGUCGGCGGCCGCCUCCCGGCGAGACUCGGUCCCCCCAGGGAGAGUUUCUUCGGGGGCCCGGGGCUUAAUGAGACGGUCGGAGCGGACCGGCUAGAGUCGGAAUAAAGAUCUCGGGGGCCGUACGAGCCUUGGGUCACGGG